UUCUUAGCUUCCGUGAGAUGCUGAUUUCUUGCUCGUUAUUACGCUGCUCGUGUUGGUAGCGGAAUUGUGUCGUGAGAUGCCGAAAACACGCUAUGCCAAAGUCUGAGUGGUGAGUCACGUCAUUGCAUAAGCUUAUGAAUGAGUGCCUUAAUGUGUAGUGUACUCCCUCACCAAUAGAUGGCCCGGCAAAAAAAUAUAUCUUUUUUUUUUUUUAAAAAGGGGGUCCCUUAUCGAUUUCAGCAGUAUAACUUUGCCCCUGCUGCCCAUUUAAUGAAUGACAUCAUUGCAACUGAGAAGGAUUUUUGUGAAUGGUGUGGCUCUGCGGAUGACGUCGGGGUGCCUCGCAGCCCUCUCAUUGGUUGCAGUCAGACCCAGCUUACUGCCCCAUUGGCUGGCCAGGAGGAUAAUUAACCGCCUCCAUGGCUUAUGCACAAACCCGGGUGUCGGGAUAUAUAGGGGGCCACUGCCUCACAGCUGCACGCAAAAACGCAGCUCGCAGAGCCUCUUCCGGACCCAAAAGUACAGCAAAUUUGAGAUUUAUUUAUUUUUGGUGCUUCUCGCCAAAGGGGGGGACCAUGGUUAUGUUGAAGAUCUCCGCGUUCCUCGUCGCCUAUGCCCUGGUCAUCUGCCAGAUGUACUGUUCGCAAGCUGCCCCCGCCAGACCGGCGUUGGAGUCCAUGUCGGAGCGGGUGACGCUGACGGACUACGAGGCACGGCGGCUACUCAACGCCAUUGUCAAGGAGUUUGUGCAGAUGACGGCUGAGGAGCUGGAGCAGCAGCAGCAGGCGGCUGAGGGCAACAGCAUGGCCCGGCCGCUAACCAAGCGCUGCUCCAACCUCAGCACCUGCGUACUGGGCAAACUCUCUCAGGAGCUGCACAAGUUGCAGACGUUCCCGCGCACCAACGUGGGAGCGGGAACGCCCGGCAAGAAGCGCAGCGCCCCCGAUGGCGAACGCUACGCCAGCUACGGCGAGACAUUUGACGCUGUCUAACCUCACCCUCUUUUACGCCAUCAUCCUCUGCCUCCUUGCCGCCCCCUUGCUAUGUCAUUUCCUCCCAGUCGUCCUCAUUGGCCAGCGCAUGUUGGCGUGAAUUGCCUGACUGACGUGAAGAGAAAAGAAACAGGCGUUCAUUUCGGGUCUCAGAACAGGGCUGGGCGAUGAAUCAAUUUCAUUGAUUAAUUUAAGUUAAGUUUGGUUUGUCAAGAUGAAUUACAUUCUUUUUUUCCAGUCGAUUUUCUUUGGGGCUCCUGUUGUUCAAACAAGCCCAGAAUUUGUACAGUAACUAUUUUAGCAUAGAUAGAGUUUAACUAACAUUUUAGCAGUGGCGAGCUGUGCGUUUGAUUCCAUGGGCCAAAAAUACUGUACAAAAACAAUAUAACAGCAGGCAACUGUGGCAAAUACAUCACUUGGAGAGUUAAGAAACAAUAUUUAUCUAAUCACAUGACAAUAACAUAAAACCUCAAUAAAACACUUCAUACUCUACAGAGACACUGGUUAUUAAACAUAUGAAUGUGUGCAGAUCGCUACAGACAAAAUUGUUGGUCCUGGAUUAUGUCACACUCCAAGAAUUUUUGUCAAAAUAUGUCGGGCCCAAUGCGGGAAAUCGGCUGCGAUAGCUAAUCGGGCCAAUAUCGGGGCUAAAAUCCUGUACUCUGAUCUAGGCAUAAGUGAAUUGAGGAGCGGAAUUUAAACAAAAGUAGUACCUUGCCUCCAACUUGUGGCAUCUUUAAGCAAUUACAGGACACUCUGAACCUUUUUGGGUGGCAUCAAUUACUAGGAUAUUUUCCUUUUCUCCCACAAAUAGCUGGGGUUCACUCUAUCGAUGAAGUUACAUCGGCGAGCACUACUCAUUUUGAAGGCCCUGCACAGAUAACACUGAUAUGAUAGCAAAAAGAGGCUGAAAUCUGAUUGGACAAAAUAAAUUCAAAAAUUCUAAAUUGUCACCCUUGUACUGGAAGCAGUGCAGCCAAGAGAAACCCAGCAAAAUGAAGACCGUUGGGAAUAAAUCUAUCAAAUCAAAUCACAUUUAGGACUUUUUAAUGAACCCCAAGCACCCUAUAUAAAGGUUACCAAAGUGUGGCAUGCGGGCCAAAUACAGCCCAGUUUGUUCUCGAAUCUGGCCCACCGAGCAUUUCCCUGAAAUUGUUUAAUUUAUGAAAUUAACUAAUAUUUUCAUUUUGAAAGUGUGAUAUUAUUCUUACAUAUGGACCAGCCCAACCAUGCAGUUUGAUGGCUCAUUUUGUGAACAUUUAAAAAAAAAUGUAUAUAUAGGAACAUGUAUAUACUAAUACUUAUUUUGCCAUUUGUAUCUUUAAGGGAAACAAAAAACAUUUAUUUCCAUGGAAGUCGAUGCAAGUUAACACUGGUGAAAUAAACAAAAUGGUUUCAAAGCUCAAUGAGGAAAAAUAAAGCAAUUCUCAGAAGGGAGGGAAAGAACUGACAAACUUCAUUAAAUUAAUUUUACUCUAUGCGAAGUGGGAAAUAAAUUAUUUAAAUCGCAAGUACGAUUUUUGUGAAACAAACAUGAGAGAUUUUACUUUCGAGCCAUGUCGCCCAGCCCUAGAUUAGACAAUCAGACGUUCUUUGCUGUACACCACCAGAGAAACCACGCACACACGCAUACACACACGCCUACUGUACUUCUUCGCUUGUAACAAGAAUCACCAGGUACCGCCAUGUUUCUUGUUCAAUAAACAUAUUUUUCUACCAGAAAGCCUUAGCCGACUUUCAUUCAGUGCGGUACAGUGUGCGCCAGACAUUAUGCUCCUUUACUGUCAAUGAAUGCCUUUGAAAGUUACUCACAAAGAAAGAAAGAAAGACAGAAAGAAAGAAAGAAAGUAAGAAAGAAAGAAAGAAACUAAGGGGGGGACCUUUCAGCAUAUACUGUACUAAGGUAAGAACAUCAAAACCACAGAAAAUAAUGCAACCAUACGGACUAUUACUACUACCUUUUAGCGUAAUUUUGUUCAAACUAGCUUUGAAAAAUAACACUUUAGUGUAGUUAUGUAGUAAGUAACAUUCUUAACCUACUACUUUGCGUAAUUUUAAGUCCAAUUCAGCAGUUAUGUUGUAUGUAACAUUUUUACAGAAUAUUUUGGCGGAACUGUAGUCUUACCAUUUUAUAACAGCAAUGUUAGCGUACUUUUACAAUCAUUUUAGUAUAAUUCUAUUUUAACUAACAUGUUUUAGCUAAAAUUUUAGUGGUUAUGUUUUAAGUAACUGUGAACUAACAUUUUUGCUGUGUUCGAACGCAUUCACUCACUCACUACUCCCUACUGCCAAUGUAGGGCUGCACUAUACAGUGAGCGCAUUUAUAACAGCUGUCGGACACUACACGGCGCUCUGUUAAUGAUGUCACAGCUGUCGCACAAUAACAAAUUAGGCUGUUGUGGUUGGGUUAAAAAAACAACAAUAAAAUCAAAUAAAAAAAGAUUGCUGCACAUUAUUAUAAUGAGAGGAUUUUGGAAACAAACAUCCUGUUUUUGUUUUCUUUGUUGAAAAGUUACAUUUAUAGGAAUAAUUCAUCUC